CUCAGCUGUUCCUCCAGGGCUGUGCUGGACCAGCUGUCAAGGACCAGUGGCACAGAGGAUGUGCUCCCUCCUCACUGCAGCUGCACAGUGCUCGCUGUGAAGUGGUGCCAGGUGUCUGCCAGGCCUGUAUCCCAUCUCUCACCAUCACCAGACAUGAAUGCUUAGGAAGAAAAUGUGAAACAUCACAUAUAAUUAUUCUUACCCUGUUUCCAGCCGUGAGCAAACGUUUUUCCAGCGAUUUCUGCUGAGUCAGAGAACGCCCGGCGAGGGCUGCUGCUCCUCCACGUGGGAACGCGCUUCUGGGGAAUAAUUACACAGAGUUUAAAUACGGACAUUUGGCAGCCAAAUUGCUUCACAUUCAGGCUCCUGGCCAGGAGGGCAGAGCCCAGACGCUGUUCAUUGGUGCUGUGAGAAAAUCCCUCAUUCCUGUGGCCGUCGUGGUUGUGCAGAGCCCGUGGGCCGGGGCAUCCCGGUACCCUGCUCAUGGUUUGGAGGGUCUCAUGAAUUGAACUGCUUCCCAAAUAAUCCAUCCUGCACUUAUCCAGCAUCCUGCACGUGCCUUCUUCUCUGGGUGAUACCCACACCAGAGGAUUUUUAUCCCCCCUGCUGCAGGAUUUGGGAAGGUGCUGCUGGCAGGGAGCUGAUCCCUGCGGGUCUCCUGCUCUGCGAGGGAGAUGAUGGCAGCACGCUGUUGGUAACUUUUCCCCCCUCCAUUUUUGAGGCAUAUUUUAAGUUGUGAAACAUAUUGACUGUGAAGUAGAGAUAAGAACAAGAGGAGACACAAACAGUGUAGGUGUUACUCCCAGUUUUUUGCAACUCCCACUUGGUUGUAAAAAUAGCCCAGCAAGCAGCACCCUGCUCCAAGCCACCCUUCACGGGCCGAGGGACGAUGGGACUGUGUGCCUGGACAUCAGUGGCUGAACCAGGAGCAGAGCUGGGACGUGAGGCACAUCCAGAGCUGCUGGAAACUUCACAUUCCUUAAAAUCAACAGAGAAAAAUCCUAGAGAAAAGUCAAAGAAUUUUAAGUGUUGUUAAAAUAUAUAAAAAGUAGCAAAUGUCAUUCCAAAGUGCUGCAAAAAUACCUUGUGUUGAGCUGGAGUGCUUUCCACCAGGAAGAGGGGCCGUGGGAAGGGACCCUGGGAAAUCACUGAACCCCCUUGAGUUUCUGGUGACGCUGCCCGUGACGCACUCCAUCUUUACACCACACCUGUGCCGUAAUUCCUAUGUGCCCUCGAUUCUUUUGCAACUCUAAACCCCAGCAAAAUACCUUUAAUUAGGCCCAGGCCAGUUGCAGAAAUCAGAUAACGCUGCCUGGCAGGUGGCCCUUCCAGGAGCUGCAUCUCCUGAUGGAUGGGAGCAUUGCGCAACGCGGGGAGAGCAUCACCAGCCGUGGGCUGGCAGCUGUGCUGAGACACCAGGGUGUCACCUCACAGGAGAAAGUCGCAGGCAGCAGCACUGGUGGCUCUCUGACCUGGGGGACAGGUGCCUGAACCCUCCUGGCAGGACCAGCAGAAAUUUGGGACCCUUUGAACGCCUGCCAGUGAGCAGCUCCCUGCAGCAUGGACAGCAGUGACACCAUCACUGAGGAGGUCUGCAGGGAGGACGACGUUGGGGAUGGACAGCUCCUGGAGGUGAUGGUGGCCGGGUACCCAGUGCUGCUGGUGAGGAACAGGAGGGAAUUCCGAGCUCUAGGCAGCAAAUGUCCCCACUACGGUGCCCCGCUGAGCAAAGGGGUUCUGAAAGGGGAGAGGCUGCGCUGCCCCUGGCACGGGGCCUGCUUUAACAUCAGGACUGGAGACAUUGAGGAAUACCCCACUCUGGACUGUCUCUCCUGCUUUAAGGUAACAGUGGAAGAUGGAAGGGUGUUCAUUACAGCAAAAAAGAAGGACCUGGAAAGCAGCCUGAGGGUGAAGGACACAAGCAGGAGGUGCCUCCUCAACAGGAACACGAUGCUGCUGCUGGGGGGAGGUGUGGCUGCCCUGGUGUGUGCAGAGACUCUUCGCCAGGAGGGGUUCACUGGCAGGAUCAUCAUGGCCACCAGUGAGAAGCACGUUCCCUAUGACAAGUCCAAGCUGAGCAAGCAAAUGAACUUGAAAGCUGAGGACAUGUACCUGAGGAAACCUGAAUUCCUCGAGGCUCGGGGCAUAGAGUUCUGGACAGAGAAAGAGGCAGUGUCGGUGGAUUUCCAGAAGCAGAAGGUUCGUUUCAUGGAUGGGUCCUCUCAGAAGUACCAGCAGCUGCUGAUUGCAACAGGCAGCCACUCUGGUUUCCUCAAAAUCCCAGGUGCAGACCUGCAGAACAUAUGCACGCUCCAAACCCCAGAAGAGUCCAGCAAGAUCUUGGAGCUGGCCACCGGAAAGAACCUGGUGAUUGUAGGAGCUUCAUUCAUAGGAAUGGAGGUGGCUGCCUUCCUCUCAGACAAGGCUGGAACCAUCUCAGUGGUGGAAAGAGAGGAGUUCCCUUUCCAGCACACCCUGGGGCCUCAGGUUGGAGGUGUUGCCAUGAAGAUGCUGCAAAAUAAAGGGGUGAAGUUCCACAUGAAAACAGAGCUGUGUGAGCUGAAAGGAAAGGAUGGAAAGGUCACAGAGGCUGUCCUUGCCAAUGGAGAGAAGCUCCCCGCGGAUGUGGUAGUGGUGGGAAUAGGCUCAACCCCCAACUCAGCCUUCCUGAAGGGCACCUCCAUCGCCAGAGAUGACAAAGGUGCCAUCCUGGUGAACCUGCACAUGCAAACCAACAUCCCCAACGUCUUCGCUGCGGGGGACGUGGUCACCUUCCCAGUGGCGCUGCUGGAUGGGGACAGGUCCAGCAUCCGGCACCAACAAGUGGCUGAGGCCCAUGGUCACUGUGCUGCUCUGAACAUGCUGAGGAGAGGGGAGGAGCUGCACACUGUCCCUUACUUCUGGACCACGUUGCUUGGGAAAAGCAUCCGCUACGCAGGCUGUGGGAAGGGAUACACGGACACUGUUGUGAAGGGCAGCCUGGAGCAACAGAAAUUCCUGAUCUUUUACAUCAGGGAUGGCCAUGUGACUGCAGCUGCCAGCCUGGACUGUGACCCCAUGGUGUCUCUGAUUGCAGAAGUUUUGUACUUGGGGAAACAAAUCUCCAAAGAAGAAGCAGAGGCCUGUGACAUUGGCAGCAUCCCCUCGCUGGCACAAAGCUAAGUUUGGUGUGUGCCCCUUGCAAAGGGCUCACAACCAAGCGUAAACAGCUCCACAUCCUCCCACCCUGGAGCAAUAAAACCAUCAGCAAAGCUGAACCCAGCCCCUGCAUUCUGUGUCUGCAGAGAGCCCUUGGCUGUCCACUUGUGCUGGGCAAAGAGGAGGAUGCCCAUGGCCUGGGGCUCAGCUGAGGGUCUGAGCUGCCAGCAGCCACCACACAUGCACAGAUGCACCAGCCAGAGCCACACCAGCUCCUCCUGCUCCUUCCCUGUUGGCAGGGAGCUCUCAUUUAGCACACCGGUCACGCUGACCUUCUCCUUUGCAAAAACACAUUUUCCCAGCAAGGGGAGCUGUGACCGAGACAAGCUGCUCUCCCAGCGGGGAACGGGGUGGGCUGUGUGCAGGAACUCGCACAGAAUACCCUGCCCCUAAGGACACAGGGAUGCCACCCGACCUCUGAGCCAGCAGCACCUGCUGGCAGUGUCACUGCUGUCUGGAAUGUCACAUGAGCUGCUGCAGUGAGCAGCCAGCCUCUGGCAGAGAAAUCCCAGAUCCUGCCCUCUCUGCUGUGUCCCUGCACGCUGGAUGCUUGGAGGAGGUGGCCAGAUGCUGGAGGAAAGAGUUACUAGAUUUUUGCACAGCCAGGCUGUGCUUUCUACAGGAAACCUUGCACUUACUCACCAGUCACAUGGGGCUGUGCAGGAGGAAGGGUAAGUCCCAGGAGCUGGGCGAGUUCCCACAGGGACACUCAGUGAGAGCCCAAACCCUCUCUGGUCUGAAGGGCAGGACAGCCAGAGCCUGAGCCCUCUGCUCAGCAGGUGAGAUCCUGCAGUGCUGGUUUUGUGUUAAACACCCAAACCUGUCCUCUGGCACCUCACACGUGAAUUUGACCUGAAACACAACAUUUUGCUUUCCUGACCCCACAGGUUUGGUGCUCGUGCUCUGAAAGAGCCACAUCUUACCCAGGAAAGAGCUGGGUUGCAGCAGCACAGGUUGUUCCUUCGUGGCAGGGAAGGUGUGGAUUUGUGAGGCACAUGGAGCACACAGCUCUCAUUAAUCUGUGCUGAAGAGGGGGAGCAUGGCCCAGGAGCUGCUCCUCCCUGCCCUCAGGCACCCUCCACCACGACUUUCUGCCCCUCGAUGCACUCCAGGAUGCGUUGGGCACCGAGCAGGUGCCAGCUGUUCUGCAUGGACUUGCAGCAGGGCAGCUGUGGUGGAGGAGACAGGCUCUGCCUCGAGCUGGAGGAACUGAUGCAAGGGUGACAGUCCCACCCCCUCUGGGUGACAACUACCCCAAAGAAACUCAGCUCCUUGCAACCAUCAGCAAGAACACACCAAGCACAGCAGCUUUAUGUAAGAAGGAAAGACUCCAGGACGACAGAUUUAUUCUACUUCUACCACUUAAUGGACACCAGGCUUUCUGUGCUUUGCUGGGCGCCAAAGUUUGGGAGCAGCCCUGCCUUGGGCAGCUGCAGCCUGGGCAGGCAGAUUAAGCUGAGAUUGUGCAGACAUUUCAGCACAGGGCUGCUCCUCCCUGCCCGCCCUCGGAGCUGGGAUGAGCUGUGCUCUUCCUGGCAGGCUCUGAGCAGCAGUGCCUGGACACUCCCCUGGUUCCCAUUCACCGGGGCAGCCUGGGAGCUGCUGGUCCUGGCAGUCCUGGGGGAAAGCCUGGCAUGCAGAAGCUCUUGCUGGGUCUGUGGAGCUCCCCUCUCACCUCAGUGCAAGGCAGGAGCUCCUCCAGCCCUGCAGAGCAGCUUCCAAAUUCCUUCCAGGGCACUCUUGUGCUUCUGCUCACCAAGGAGCCACAGAAGAGCCCAAUAAAGUUCACCACGGCCCCUCUGAGAGCUGCUAGCUCCAAAAUACCUGGAGGGAGCCCUGGCACUGCUGGGUGGCCUCCCAGGCCAGAGGCUCUGUGAGCAGCCAGAGUCCAGAGCCGUGUGUGACUCGGCCCUGAGUCAGCCUGGCCCCGCCGCGCCCAGCCCGACCCACUCGGGGCAGCGUGGGCGUGCAGCCAGCCCCUCGCCCGGCUCCAUCCCACUGCCUGGCACGCUGCAGGCUCCAUCCAGCUGCCGAGCUCAGCAGCAGGUCACACCUGCGGGCUACGCCCAGCCUUUGGCUCAGGACAAGCCCAAAGCACCUG